AUGCACACCCAACGCCACUUCCACGCUGACGUCUCCACCAACCUCGCCGAACUCCAAACACAGCUCGACACCCUCACCCCCUCCGGUUUCGCCGAGGCCUCUCCGCUGCUCAACGUCGUCAAGGCCGGCGUCCGGGCGUUCCACGGGGAGCUCGCGAAGCAGUACGUCAGCAGGUACUCGGGGCAAGGAAUUACCUGGGUGGAAAAUGUUGGUAAUCCUUCGAAAUCUGAGCCAACUGAGGAAGCGUUAAAAUGUGGUAAAGUGUUUUUUAGUUGCUUGCCGAUGUUAGUCGAGUGUCUCGGGGAGUUGGAGAGGAGGUGCGCGGAAGGAGGCAGCUGGAGGACCAAAUCACUAUACUUGAAAGAGGAGGACAGAAAAGUAAAUUCACUUGGUGAAUUCAUGAGGCAGUGCGGUUACUGUGUACAGACAGAUAAAGCGACGAAGCAGGACGGGGAGCUGCAGUGCAAGUAUAAGUUCACCGGUGGAAAUAUUCUUGAAAAGCUCGUGGAGAAUAAAGUAGAACGCGGUAUGGUUUUCGAUCACAUCAAAGCGUGCGAAUCAAAUAAAGAUAUUAAGACAGGUGAGCCAAAGGAUAAAACGCACUUCGAUAUUUGUGACAUUCUUGAUUGCCUUUACCAUCACAUGAACAAAUAUAAUGACGCGUGUCAUCUGUCCACUCUAACCUCAAAGAGGCAUCCGUGUUCGGUGUAUGAAAUGCUAGUUUGGCUCUCGGGGCUCCCGCACAAUCCGAUAUAUAGCGCUGCUCGAGAUGAGAGAGUCCUUGAAAUAUUGGAGGAGCUCAAUAAAGAUGAAGAGCGGAAAGCGGAGGAAGAAGAAACUGAGAACGGAGACAUCUUACAAAUCUCAUAUCUCAAUCAAGAAGAUUUAAGCUUAAAUGCGCACCCACUAAAGAUACCAUACAAGGACAUACGAGCCGCUAUAACGGACGUAUGUGCCACCGCCUAUGACGUGUUGACAACAAUAGCCGGAACAGGCGAUGAAUCCACCACCUACGCCUCUGACCUGUCGAAUAAUUCCAUGAAAUUCCACUACCCCCAAAGCGGCGAAGAUUGCUUCGACAUGUUGCUCGACAUAUUACGCCGAUUGUUCCCGCCGCUGAAAUUCCUGCUCAGCCAGUGUAGCUAUGCGGCGUACAACUUUGGUUGGCGCGAUUGUAUGUACGGCAAAGAUAUACCAUCGGGCAAAUCGCAGUGUAUCGACCACUCGGAAGACAAAGCAGCGUGCCAACCAAACGGCAAAGCAAAUGGUCAACCAAAGUGCCAAGUAAACAGCCAAGCAAAUUGCCGUCCAACUUCCCCAUUAAUGUCCUAUCUUAACGAUUGUUUGCCCGGGCAUCUACCUCACCAGCUAAGCAAAAUUGGUUGCAGGUACGAGUGCGUCAAUUGUCCUUCAACUGCCAGGAAAGGCAUGCCCUGUAUUACGCCGCUUGGAUUCAGGGGAUUCUCUGGGUCCACUAAGACGGGUAGGGACAUAUGUCACAUUCUUAGGAAAUUCUUUGCUAAUUCCAAUCUCAAGGGAUUGCUAUGCCUGGUGCCAAAGCCGCCGUCCACAAUAUCGGAGCACUUCAGUUUCGUCCAGUCGCUUGCUAACAGCUGUGGGUCAAGUAAGCGCAUGAACCUGACCGAUAUGCGAUCCGCAUUUGAGACAUCCGUUGACAUGCUCUCCAUUCAACUGCAACCUGAUCCUAUUGUCUUUACGAAAGCACUUCUCGACGCCUACGGUUCUAAGUCUGCAACUCACACCGAAUGCGAACACCCACACCUUAAGAAUCUAACAACCGCCGACACAUGUAGAAACAAAAAAGAAACAAAUGACUGCACUCCAUUCAUGUAUCCCUUGGCCGAAGAUGCAUAUUGCUACUUCGCCUUGAAACACUGUGACACCUACGUGUCCUGGGCGGUGUACCUUCCAUGGACGUUCUGGGAGUAUCUCAAAAAUCUAUGUGACGACUUCUGCAAUAUUUUCUGCGCAGACUGGGGCUGCCGUAAUUGCCUUAACAGUAGCAAGUGCAAACGCGGAGAACAUGGAAAGAGUGAUGAGGCGAAGGAAAAUGUAGCAGGCCAACCGCAUUGUAAAUGCGAAUCCAUGGUGAAAUGUAAGGGUGUCUCACCAACAUUCUACAGAUAUGGCUUUGCAUUUGGUGACCCAACGACGCUCGAUGUCAGCAAGAAAUGCCAUGAUUUCUAUAAUCAAUUCAAUGCCGUGCUAAACUCACAAUAUUUCAAAGACCUGUUUCAACAAUGCGACAAAUUCCUCUUCAAGAUCCGCGCCCCCUUCGUCUGGCUUAACGUCGCGCUCUGGCUCCUCUCUCUCCUCUACCUCCUCCACAUCAUGGUCAUCCGCCUAGACCUCCUCCACAUCAAAUCGCAUCUACAUAGUCCCUCGAGUCAUCGCAUCGCUGCUCAAUCGCUACUUGCGGCUGCGCGUGUUAACAAGCUUAACAGGGUGUUUUACCUGCAACCAUAA